UGACAGGCAUCAGGUUAGCUCGCUCCCACUCGGGUGGCGCGCCCAGGAUAUAAAUCCAGGCUCGGGCCCCUGCCGCGGCUCUUCUCCCUGCACACUCAGGAGAGGGAGUUUCCUUGCAAAGACCUUUCCUUUAUCUGAAGCCGCGCAGCCCAGCGGGCUCCACUGACUUGGUGGAGGCGGCCGCGGCGGCUGCGAGGAAGCCCGCCGGGGUGGGGAGGGCAGGUGUCUGCAGCCCAGAGAAGGAGAAGGCCCCGGUGGGCCCCAGCCCCUGGCCCCGUCGCAGGGGAGGUCUCGAGCCACCGCAGACCGCAUCAUGGGGGCCCUGGGGUGCUGCCGGCUCUGGUCCCGCUGGGCGCAGGCGGCACUUCUCCUGCUGCUGCUCGGGGCGCCCCCAAGGGGCCUGGCACUGCCGCCUAUCCGCUAUUCCCAUGCGGGCAUCUGCCCCAACGACAUGAACCCCAACCUCUGGGUGGAUGCCCAGAGCACCUGCAAGCGGGAGUGUGAGACGGACCAGGAGUGCGAGACCUAUGAGAAGUGUUGCCCCAACGUGUGCGGGACCAAGAGCUGUGUGGCCGCCCGGUACAUGGACGUGAAAGGGAAGAAGGGCCCGGUGGGCAUGCCCAAGGAGGCCACCUGCGAUCACUUCAUGUGUCUGCAGCAGGGCUCCGAGUGUGACAUCUGGGACGGCCAGCCCGUGUGUAAGUGCAAAGAUCGUUGUGAGAAGGAGCCCAGCUUCACGUGCGCCUCCGACGGCCUCACCUAUUAUAACCGCUGCUACAUGGAUGCCGAGGCCUGCUCGAAGGGCAUCACGCUGGCCGUCGUCACUUGCCGCUACCACUUCACGUGGCCCAACACCAGUCCCCCGCCGCCCGAGACCACCGUGCACCCUACCACGGCCUCCCCGGAGACGCCGGGGCUGGAUAUGGCGGCCCCGGCUCUGCUCCACCACCCUGUGCACCAGUCGGUCACCGUGGGUGAGACCGUGAGCUUCCUGUGUGAUGUGGUGGGCCGGCCCCGGCCCGAGAUCACCUGGGAGAAGCAGCUGGAAGAUCGCGAGAAUGUGGUCAUGCGGCCCAACCACGUGCGCGGCAACGUGGUGGUCACCAACAUCGCCCAGCUGGUCAUCUACAACGCCCAGCCCCAGGACGCUGGCAUCUACACCUGCACGGCCCGGAACGCCGCCGGGGUCCUGCGUGCCGACUUCCCGCUGUCCGUGGUCAGGGGGGGUCAGGCGGUGGCCACCUUGGAGAGCACCCCCAACGGCACGGCCUUCCCCGCGGCCGAGUGCCUGAAGCCCCCCGACAGUGAGGACUGCGGCGAGGAGCAGACCCGUUGGCACUUCGAUGCGCAGGCCAACAACUGCCUCACCUUCACCUUUGGCCACUGCCACCGCAACCGGAACCACUUCGAGACCUACGAGGCCUGCAUGCUGGCCUGCAUGAGCGGGCCACUGGCCGUGUGCAGCCUGCCCGCCCUGCAGGGGCCCUGCAAAGCCUACGCGCCCCGCUGGGCCUACAACAGCCAGGCCGGCCAGUGCCAGUCCUUCAUCUACGGCGGAUGCGACGGCAACGGCAACAACUUCGAGAGCCGCGAGGCCUGCGAGGAGUCCUGCCCCUUCCCUCGGGGGACCCAGCGCUGCCGGGCCUGCAAGCCGCGGCAGAAGCUCGUCACCAGCUUCUGUCGGAGCGACUUCGUCAUCCUGGGCCGCGUGUCCGAGCUGACCGAGGAGCCCGAUGCGGGGCGGGCCCUGGUGACCGUGGACGAGGUCCUCAAGGAUGAGAAGAUGGGCCUCAAGUUCCUGGGCCAGGAGCCGCUGGAGGUCACCCUGCUCCACGUGGACUGGAGCUGCCCCUGCCCCAACGUGACGGCGGGCGAGACGCCACUCAUCAUCAUGGGCGAGGUGGACGGCGGCAUGGCCGUGCUGCGGCCGGAUAGCUUCGUGGGAGCGUCCAGCAGCCGGCGGGUCAGGAAGCUGCGUGAGGUCCUGCACAAGAAGACCUGCGACGUCCUCAAGGAGUUUCUGGGCUUGCGCUGAAGCCCCGGCCCCCCUCCGCCCCUCCCCGGCCCCCUCCCCGGCCCUCGUCCACCUACCCACCCCCCAACGCCCCUCAGUCCACAAACUGGGCAAGGUCAGGCUCGACAGUUGUAGGCCAGUGGGGAAAAUCCACCGGAGGUUCUUAGAACAACUUCUAGUCUUGGGCUCAAGAAGGGGUCUGUAUCUUCUUUAGCUGAGGGGGACCAAAGGAGAAGCCACCAGACACCUGCAAGCUAUUCUUGAUGACCAGUCGGUGGGGCGUUGUGACCCUCUCUGUGCUGGUCAGCCGCCUCUGCUGGCUCUCCCUGCCCCCAGCCAGCUCCCAGCCAGGCUUUCGGAGGUGGCGUAUGCACGGUCAUGGGAAUCACAGAAUGAAUCGGUUUGCAAAAGUUGUAGGUGGGGAGAGAAAGGAGGGACCAGGGACUCUUUGGACAAAUUCCCCAGAGCCCCCUAGAUCACUACGAGCAGAAACCACUUCAUUUUAGGGCUUGUGGGACGCAGGGAGCGGGAGGGGGGGGCGGGGGGAGGGCAUGGUCUGACCCGGCACACCCCUUGUCCUGAGGCGGUGGUCAGCCCGUGCUUCGGUCAAGUGGGCCCUGCAGUCUCUGAUGCCACCAUAGCACCAGCAGAAUACACAUCCUUCAUGUUUCUCCUUGGCUUUAUUGGUUGGUUUAUUGAUUGUUGUUGUAUUAAUUUAGCUCUGUUCAGUCCGACUCAAUGGACAUUUUCUGAACACUUUCUGGGUACCAGGUGCUAGGACACAGAUAUUAGUCAAUGCCCAGCUCCUGGUGACUGAAUGUGAAUGUCCAGCUCCCAGGGUCCCUGCCCCCCCGCCCCCCCCCCUCCCCCCCCGGGGAAGCAGACCCAUGGCUGGCCUUCCCAACUGUCAAAUGGUCCCAUUGAAAGGACAGUGUGCUUUCAUCUGCCACUGGCUUCCUUGGACAGAAGGCAGAUAGAAGCCCCAGGAUCUGUUCUGGUGGGAAGGGAGAUGAAGGGAAAGUCCAGGUUGGGAUGGGGAGCAGGGUGAAAGAAGGGAGGGAGGACGGGUGUCAGGCUUGGGAAGGAAAAGGAAUGUUGCUCGAUGCUCCCAUCUGGUGGUGGCCUUGGGAGCUGCAGGGACCCGAGGGAGGCUCUAGGCGAGAGCUGGGAGGGUAUGUUUGGGAAUGUGGCAGCUUGUUGAUGACUUCUCGUUUCUGGACUUCCUGUGCAGGUCCAGCCACCCCCCCACACACACACACACACUAGAUAAAUGACUUGGGAAAGCCACUGUCAGCUCUACAUCUGCUCCCCCAUUCCCUCCUCUGCCCUUCCUUCUGUCCAGGCCCCUCCAAAGGAGAAAAGAUCAUUGUGGGGCAUCCUCGUUUCUUCCUCCAAUGUAGGGAGGAAGGUACCAAUUAAAAAUUCAUA